AUGGCUCCUAACACAGACUCCCACAAAAUGAACGAAGAAAGCGUCAAUCAUCUACCAAAACCCAUCUCCCUGAAAGCGGAGCUCAACAUAUCCAUUUUGGACCGCCUUCAAGCUGCAAUAACCACCGAUCCUGAAGUCUCACUCUUCGCAAUCUUCCCAAUAGUAUACAAAACCGCCGUUGCCGCGCAAAAGAAAAAGAUUAAAACCGCAGAAGCAUUAAUCGAAACUUUCAAGAGAUAUGCACCACCGGACUUCUGUGCGAACUAG